UCCCAGUCGUCGCUUUUUCGGUCAGCGUUUUGCACUUUUGGACUCUCACAUUGAGAAGGACUGGCAGUGGGAUCUGAAACCGUCAUUCGUGGCUGGCACUUUCUCGGCCGCAGGUUACUGAGCCUGUAUAUUUGCACGGUCUUACCCCGCUAUAGUCCAGUCAUGGGAGGAGACAAAACUUCCCACCACCACCGGUCCGGUUUGAAGCAACAAAACAAGGGCUUCAAGUCCCGGCACUCGACGAAAGGACAAGUCAAGGCCAAAACGAAGGGAAAGGUCGAUGUGACUCAGUCGGUAAAGCACAAACACAAUGCUGUUUCGCAUAAGGCGGACCGAAGGAACCAGGCGAAACUCAUUCAGCAAAAGAAACGCAACGACCUGGUCAACUUCAACCGAUUGUUCUCUGGAGCGAGGGGCGCACCAAAGAUUGUAGCUGUAGUUCCACUAUGCCCGGACGUCGACCCUCGCCAAGUCGUCGCUGACCUGUACAGCUCACUAGGGGAAACGAUGCCCUCUACUGUUGGCCCAAUUACCCUGAAUGUUGAGCGCUACAAGCAAAAGAUACAGUUCCUAGCGCUAAACAGGAACUUGUUGGAUAUCUUGGACGGUGUGAAGAUCGCCGAUUUUGUUGUGUUUGUGGUAUCGGCUCAAGUCGAAGUGGAUACAUUUGGGGAGCAAUGCUUGAGUGCUAUCAAAGCUCAGGGCGUCCCGUCUAUCCUCAGCGUUGUCCAGCACUUGGACAAAUGCCCUGAGAAGCAGCAAAUAGACAUCAAGAAGUCGCUGAACUUGUAUAUGGAGGAUCAUUUCCCGGAAGACUCGAAACUCUUCAACACGGCCACAGAGACGGAAGGACUAGCCACCCUACGAUUCAUCACCCAGCAACGACCAAAACCCAUUGCGUGGAGGGAUCGUCACGCCUAUAUCGUACCGGAUACUGUGGAGUUUGUCCCGAUUGAAGGAGAUGAGGAGUCCGGAACCCUGAUAGUCACUGGAUAUGUCCGCGGUAAUAAUCUUUCGGCGAAUAGGCUGGUCCACAUCCCGAAUCACGGUGACUACCAAAUCAAAGUGAUCACGUCGGCUCAAAGCGCUGCUCAGUCAAGCGACAUGGCGCUCGACGUUACAAUAUUGGACCAGCCGGACCCCGCUCAACAGGAGUCGCUGGUCGUUGAGAACUCCCCAAAUCCAUUGGAUGCCGAACAGACGUGGCCUACCGAGGAGGAGCUGCGUGAAGCUGAUGCCCGGGUCGAGCAAAUGGGAGGAAUCGUCGAAAGUGAAGCGCCGGCGAGAAAGCCACGGAGAGUACCCAAGGGUACGUCUGCAUACCAGGCGGCUUGGAUCAUGGAUGACGAGGACGAGGAGGAAGACGACGAAGAUGCAGAAACUCACAGGAGCAUGGACGUCACAAUGACCGAUGCGUCGGGAGUAUCCGGAACCACCGUUGAUUGGGCCAGCAUGGGCCUCGGGCACAAUGCUGGGGCAGAUGUCGAGGUCGAGGAGGAAGAAGAGUACGAAGAUCUUCAGGAAGAUGACAAGAAAUCAUCUGAUUUCGAUGACGAGUACGACGAGGACGAAGAGAAGAUGCAAUACGAUGCAUACGUCGAUAAACAGAAGCAGGAGCGAGAAGAGAAGGAGUUCCCUGACGAAAUCGACACGCCAAAAGAUCCUGCGGCUCGAAUUCGGUUCCAGCGGUAUCGUGGGCUGAAGAGUUUCAGGACGUCGCCAUGGGACCCAUAUGAGAACUUGCCUGUAGACUAUGCCCGGAUUUUCCAAAUCAAAAACUUCAAGCGCACGCGGAGACGUGUGUUUGACAGUAUCGACGAAGAGGGUAUUGCUCCAGGAACAAAUGUGGUGCUCCAUAUCCAGGCUGUUCCUCGGGCCGUGACUCAACGGGACCUCACCCGCCCCUUCACACUCUUCACGCUGCUCCCCCACGAACAAAAGUUCUCCGUGGUCAACUUUGUCGUCUCCCGCAACGACCAAGACCAAGACGCAGUCAAGUCAAAAGACCCCGUCAUCAUCCAAUCAGGGUUCCGUCGGUAUAUGGUUCAACCCAUCUACUCCACCGACACCCGUGGUGGGAACAACAACGUGCAUAAGUUUGAGCGGUUCUUGCAGCAUGGCCGCACGUCCGUGGCGACGGUGUAUGCGCCCAUCCAGUUUGGCCCUGCGCCUGUUCUCAUGUGGAGGCCACAGGAGGGUGGAAAUCGAUGGGAUGCGGAACACUGCCCGCCAAUGCUCGCUCAGGGCUCCAUCCUCGACCUCGACCCCUGCCGCAUCGUCUCCAAACGCAUCAUCCUUACCGGCCACCCCUUCAAAGUGCACAAACGCGGCGCCGUCAUCCGCUACAUGUUUUGGUCCCCGGAAGACAUCAACUACUUCAAACCCGUCCAGCUCGUCACCAAGAUGGGCCGCGUUGGGCAUAUCCGCGAAACCCUCGGAACACACGGGUACAUGAAGUGUAUCUUUGACGCCCCGUUGAAGGGGCAGGAUACCGUGUGCAUGUAUCUGUACAAGCGCGUGUUCCCGAAAUGGAAUACGAGGCUGUUUGUGGAUGCGGCGGGUGCGAAGGCGGAUGAGGCUGUGGCUGAUAUGGAGAUGUGAGCCCCUGUCUGAAGGUAUCUAGCCUUUUCUGAGAUAGACCUUAUGCAACUCGCUCUAGUCGUAUUUAUUUCGCGUACACCACAUUUCCAU